AUGUCAAACGCCACAGGCCUCCCCCCAGAUAACAACCCGGCAGCUUCUGUAAAUAGUGGCAUGAGCAAAGAAGCCUUUUAUGCUGUUGCCUGGACUGCCACAUGUCUCCCCCUUCCCUUUCUUCUCUUCCGUCUAGCGAUACGCAUCCGCUCAUUCAAGACUCUAUUUGUUGACGACGCGCUUGUCAUCGCCGCUUGGCUCAUGCUACUCGUUUCCACAAUCCUCUGGCACACGAAAGCAGGGACUCUAUUCUGGCAGCUCAGGAUAGUCACAGGCAAGGCUCCCCAGUCCCCCGAAUUCAUCUCUCAGUGGUCAAGGUUAUCAUCGAACAUUGUGGUUUGGAACAUACUCUGCCACACUUCCUUGUGGGCAGUCAAGUAUUCGUGUCUGGUCUUUUUUCGCAGGAUUUUAGGACCACAGGCGCCUCGAGCCAAGAAGAUAUGGUGCUGGGUGGUUGGGAUUCUACUGCUCGCAGGCUGGGUUAGCUGUGUGGCGAUUAUUGACUACAAGUGCAGCGCGAAUGACAUCAAGUACAUAAUGGCGCAUUGUGCUGGACGAAGCCACGUUGAGUACCAGUUUCGCACCUUUUACGGCAACCUGGCGGCCGACAUCGUCACAGACCUGCUCGUCAUGUCGAUCCCACUGUGGAUGCUCUGGCAUGUACGGAUCCAAUGGCCCAAGAAGCUGCUCCUCGCCGGCGUAUUCUCCGUUACCGUCUUCGUCAUGAUUGCUGCCGGGAUUCGCGUUGCUCUUGUAAGAACCUCGACGACCGGGGUAAAACACACAAGCAUUGACUUGCUCUUCAUAUGGUCCGAAGUCGAAAUGGGGGUCGCCGUAAUAGUGGCGAAUCUCGCCUCCUUUCGACAACUGUUUGUUUUCAGCAGAAAUCGAAACCCUUCUGGUGGAAAAGGGUACGAUGCCACCAGCAACCGUCAUCAUCAAUUCCAACCAUUCGAGUCCUCCAAUCCGUCUCUGCAAGGGAGGAAUCGGUCAGAAAACGACUUGAUCGGCUUAACUGACUUUCAGGCGCCACAAAUCUACUCUACGUCUCAGCACAACCCUACCGCUCCAGAUUCGGUCUACGUCAGUCACGCCAUCAAGGUUUCUAGCCAUGAGUGGACUCCAGAGCCGCAGGAUUCCAGAAGAUGUCACAAUUUUGUAUGA